UCCUCUCCAACGCGGGCCAAAAUGAAAACAAAUUUGCACUGUUAAGUUAUUGAAUCUUUUUUGACCAAAAAAAGAAGAAGUUAUUGGAUCCUUUUUCUCAAAAAAAAAGUUAUUAGAUCUUUUUUGUUCUAAAGUUAUUGGCAAACAAAAAUGCUAGUUUUUCCUGUGAAAAUGAAUGUUUUUAUUAAAUUAGAAAAUAAAGUAGUGGUUGUAGACAAUAUUUAGGUGUUACCUUAUAAAUAUGGGUGGAUGACAUAGAAGCCCUAAUAAUAUAUUUGUUAGAGAUAUACAUAUUUCGGCACGGCACGAUGCAUCCAUCAGAUAAACCAGUUAUUGAACAUAUUGGACGAGGCAUAAUUGGUCUCUGAUACUCUGGAAAAAGGAAAAAGCAAACAAUAACGAUAACGGGCUAGCAGGUAAAAAAAUAUCCAUAAAUAUUUUGAACCUGUGAAUAUAAAACAAAAAAAAAAGUCCACAAAUCGACCUAAUAUAUCACUCAUUUACUCAUAUAAUCAUAUCAUGGAUCCAGACCUUAACAAUUGCUAAAAUGAAGACAUCAGUACUUCCAACAUGAUUUACUAGUUUAUCUUCACUUAGAUAAUUAUCCAGCUUCAAAUAUAUCAAAUAUAAUCUCUUCCCAUCAAUUUUUUCAUACAACAUUAGUAAUAAUACUCAAACUUGCUCCAUUGCCUUCUGACUUGUUUGACCUUCCAUGUGGUUAAUAUCCCAUCUACAUGAAAAUGGAGAUAACAAAUAUAUUAGUAUGCAUAAAUCAGUUCAAAAAAAAAAAAAAACAAAUAUAUUAGUAUACCAAAAGUAUUAUACAGAUAAUAGAAAAACAACUAUAUUGAUAAAAAUAUGGCCGGUAAAUAAAACAAUAACGAAUCAAUGGCAAUAUAAACAAAACAAUAGAGAAGUGAAGAGAAAAUAAUACAACUAGACUUGUGAAAGUUUAAGGUAUGAGUAAUUAAGAAGGGACUUCCAUUCUUUAUAUUAAGAAGUUUGAGGAGGUUAAACUUUCUCAAAAAAUUUGUAUUACAGCAUUAUUAUAUAUAUGUAAAAUAGAAUCUAAUAAUUAUAUAUAUGCAAAUAUUUAACAUUUGUUAAUGUUCAUACUUUGGCUAAUCAAUAUAAUGUUUUUAUUUAAGCGUGUUCUUAGUAAAUUGUAUGAUAUUAUAGUUUAUGUACAGAUAUCACAUCUUUUUUUACUAAUUCCAAAAUCUUUUCUUGUUUGCUAUUAGUAACAAAAGAAAGUCAACGCUUUGCGUGUGUAGCGUGUCAUAUACGAGAUGCAUAUAUAAGUAGUAGAGGGUAGGAGAAAAGAUUAACCAAACAAGAAAAGAUUUUGGAAUUACUAAAAAAAAAGAAUUAGUAAAUCUUUUUUUACUAAUUCCAAAAUCUUUUCUUUUGGGAGUAAACGAAUAGUUGUUUAUUUAGAAAAUUACAAGAUUACAAAAAAAAAAAACUGAUAAAUAAUUGUGAAACAACUAUAGAAAACGAGUUAAAGAAAAAUGGAAGAAAAAAACAGAAACGUCCUUAUCAUUUGCUUGGUCAAUUCUAUAGAACAAUAGAUAUUUAAAAUGCCAACAAGAAGACCAAGAAUUAAUGAAGCCGCCCGAAAUGAUAUAUUAUUGGGUAAUAAUUCGAAGAGAAAAACGUUCAACAUAGAACACAAAACAUGUUUGAAAUCCCCAAAAAUAAAAAUUCUCAAGAAAAAAAGGAUGAGAAGUAUGUCAAACUACGAUCGUUUGUACACUUUAGUCUUAAUUAUGUUACCUGCUUUAUCAAUCUCUACCAACACUUUGUCGUCCACAGAAUCUCUCACUGUCGGAAGCAACAAAACCAUCGUAUCUUCUCGCGAGAUCUUCGAGCUUGGUUUCUUCAAUCUCCCCUCAAGCUCUCGUUGGUAUCUCGGGAUUUGGUACAAGAAGAUCCCUACGAGAACUUACGUAUGGGUUGCGAACAGAGACAACCCUCUAUCUAACUCCAACGGAACUCUCAGAAUCUCCGACAACAACCUCGUCAUAUUCGACCAAUCCGGAACACCUGUUUGGUCAACCAACCUGACCGGAGGAGACGCGGGAUCUCCACUGGUUGCGGAGCUCCUCGAUAACGGUAACUUCGUGCUCAGACCAUCGAACAAUAGCGAUCAGGAUGUGUUCUUGUGGCAGAGUUUCGAUUUUCUUACGGAUACUUUACUCUCGGAGAUGAAGUUGGGUUGGGAUCGCAAAACCGGUUUGAACAGACACUUGAGAUCUUGGAGAAACCCGGAUGAUCCGUCGAGCGGAGAUUUCUCGACGAAACUAGAAACCACCAGAGGUUUCCCUGAGUUUUACGCAUGGAACAAAGACGAGAUUAUCUACAGGAGCGGUCCGUGGAGUGGGAACCGGUUCGGAAGUGACGUACUCGACAUGAAACCGAUCGAUUACCUAGCUUUCAAUUUCACAGCGGAUAACGAACAUGUGACUUACUCGUACCGAAUCACCAAACCUGACGUUUACUCGAGAGUCAUCCUAAGCUCCUCGGGGUUAUUACAGCGGUUCACUUGGUUCGAGACGGAACAGAGUUGGAGACAGUUGUGGUAUUUACCAAGGGACCUAUGUGACGACUACAAAGAGUGUGGAGAUUACGGUUACUGCGAUUUGAACACUUCGCCGGUUUGUAACUGUAUCCAAGGGUUUGAGACGAGGAAUAACCAAACAGGUGGUUGCGCGAGGAAGACGAGGCUGAGCUGUGGCGGUAAAGAUGGGUUUGCGCGGUUGAAGAAGAUGAAGUUGCCGGAUACUACGGUGACAGUUGUGGACAGUGGGGUUGGGUUGAAAGAAUGUGAAGAGAGGUGUUUGAAGGAUUGUAACUGCACGGCGUUUGCUAAUAUGGAUAUUCGUGAUGGAGGAUCAGGUUGUGUGAUUUGGAAGGGUGAUAUUUUUGAUAUCCGAAAUUUUCCUAAUGGAGGUCAGGAUCUCUACGUCAGACUAGCCGCUGCUGAUCUUGUGGACAAGAGAGGCAAAAGGGGAAAAAUCAUAGCUUUGAGUAUUGGAGUGACCAUUUUUCUUCUUUUAUGUUUCAUUAUCUUCCGGUUUUGGAAAAAUAAGCAGAAGCGAUCAAUAGCAAUUCAAACACCUAUUGUUGAUCAAGGGAGAAUCGAAGAUUCGCUGAUGAAUGAACUGGCAAUAACAAGCAGGCGCUACAUAUCCAGAGAAAACAAAACUGAUGAUGAUGAUCUAGAGCUUUCAUUGAUGGAGUUUGAAGUUGUUGCCUUGGCUACAAACAAUUUUUCUAACGCCAACAAGCUUGGAAAAGGUGGUUUUGGUACUGUUUACAAGGGAAGGUUACUUGAUGGGAAAGAAAUUGCGGUUAAAAGACUAUCCAAAAUGUCUUUACAAGGGACUGAUGAAUUCAAGAACGAGGUUAAACUAAUUGCGAGGCUUCAGCACAUAAACCUUGUCCGACUUAUUGGUUGUUGCAUCGAUAAGGGGGAGAAGAUGUUGAUCUAUGAGUACUUGGAGAAUCUAAGCCUUGAUUCUCAUAUCUUUGACAUAACCCGACGCUCUAACUUAAAUUGGCAAAUGAGAUUUGAUAUUACCAAUGGUAUUGCUAGAGGACUUGUAUAUCUUCACCGAGAUUCACGUUUUAUGAUUAUCCAUAGAGACUUGAAAGCAAGUAAUGUGUUGCUUGAUAAAAAUAUGACUCCGAAGAUCUCAGAUUUCGGAAUGGCCAGGAUCUUUGGAAGGGAUGAUGCUGAAGCUAAUACGAGGAAGGUGGUGGGAACUUACGGUUACAUGUCUCCAGAAUACGCAAUGGACGGGAUAUUCUCGAUGAAGUCGGAUGUUUUCAGCUUUGGGGUUUUGCUCCUCGAGAUUAUAAGUGGCAAGAAAAAUAACGGAUUCUACAACUCAAACCAUGACCUUAAUCUCCUCGCCUUUGUGUGGAGGAAAUGGAAGGAAGGAAAAUGGCUAGAGAUCCUAGACCCGAUCAUCAUAGAUUCUUCAUCGUCAACGUGCCAGGCACAUGAAAUCUUAAGAUGCAUACAAAUUGGUCUUUUGUGUGUUCAAGAACGUGCUGAAGACAGGCCAGUAAUGGCUUCGGUAAUGGUGAUGAUUGGAAGCGAAACUAUGGCUAUUCCUGAGCCUAAACGGCCGGGUUUUUGCGUUGGGCGAAAUCCUCUUGAGAUUGAUUCGUCGUCAAGUACACAGGGCAAUGAUGAAUGUACAGUGAACCAAGUAACACUCUCGGUCAUUGACGCUCGAUAGUUUGAGCGUUACCCACUCAAUAUGUUUUAUAUGCAUGUUAUUUUUCGAUGCAAGUCUGAAUAGUAAAAUUUUACUACAUGAUUCGAAACCAUGCUCUUUAACUUUGAAUUUACUAAUUUAGACGAAGAUUCACUACAUA